CUUUAUAUCACUUGUUGUAGUUUGUAUUUUCAACUCAAAGGGUCGCUGUUGGCAAGCGCGUAGCUGUUUAACUAGAUGUUAUUUUUUCUGUCUGUGUCCUGCCCCUUCGUGUACAUACGGUGAAAAUCAUCGGAGAAAGACAGAAUACACAGUCCGCGCUCACGAGGAGCACUGUAAGGAAUUAUUGAACGGGACAUAUUGUUUUCAUUAUUACAGUUGAAGUGUGGAUGUUUUUUUUAUCUACUUUGUCACUGACUGCAUUGGGGAUGCUUUGGUUUUAAUGGUGCAGGACACGACCUCAGACAGAACAAUGAGACGGCAAGUACUGUUGUUUCUCUCGGUGCUAUGUCUUAGCGACGUGCUCGGGCAGGUCAGCUACUCUAUUCCCGAAGAAAUGGCGAAAGGCUCCGUCGUUGGUAACAUAGGGCAUGAUUUAGGUUUAGAUCUGAAAAGGCUGAAAUCAGGCAAAGCUCGUGCCUAUACAGGAGGCAGCGUAGAAUACAUCGGGCUGAAUAAAGAAAGGGGAGUCCUCCUUAUCCAAGAGAGGAUAGACAGAGAGGCUUUAUGUGGAGAGACGUCGCCUUGUGCUUUACAUUUCCAGUUAAUUCUAGAAAACCCAAUGGAACUGUUUCGUGUAACAGUGGAGAUCACCGACAUAAACGAUAAUAGCCCUAUUUUUACUAAUGCAGAAAAACGCUUUGAAAUCAGCGAGUCCGCUGUGAUUGGCUCGAAAUUUAUAUUAGAAAAAGCGAUUGAUUCUGACAUUGGGAUGAAUGGAUUACAGCGAUACUUACUUAGUCCCACUGAUAACUUUAUAUUAAAACUAGAAAAUCAGGCUGACGGAAGUAAAAAGGUAGAGAUGGUUCUACAGAAGCCUCUAGAUCGAGAAAAGCAAGACCACAUCUCACUGUUGUUAACUGCUGUAGACGGAGGGGAUCCGCAGAUGUCAGGGACAAUGCAGAUAUUUGUCAAUGUAUUAGAUGCGAAUGACAACGCACCUACAUUCGCAAAACCGCUGUAUAGAUCCAAAAUACUAGAACAUUCUCCCAAAGGCACCAGCAUAACGACUGUAAGUGCAUCUGAUAAAGACAUCGGCUCUAACGGUGAAGUAUCGUAUCUGAUAUCCACCAGUAAACGUAUUUUAUCUGAACUGUUUAAGAUUAAUUCGAAGACAGGUGAAAUUAUCCUAAUCGGUGAAAUAGAUUAUGAAAAGGCAAAAAUGUUUCAACUCGAUAUUGAAGUUGUAGACAGCGGAGGACUCUCCGAUUCCACUAAAGUAAUAGUUGAUGUUAUUGAUAUAAAUGACAAUAAUCCUCACAUGAACAUUGUUUCUAAAUCAGAGUCUAUAUUAGAGGAUUCACCUCCAAACACUGUUAUAGCUAUGUUAAGUGUGAAUGAUCCAGAUUCAGAUAAUAGUGGACAGGUAGAGUGUAACAUAGAAAGUAGCAUUCCCUUCAAAAUACAAACUUCAUUAAAUGGAUUUUAUACUUUAGUUACAGAGGUCACUUUAGACAGAGAGAUCGCUUCUCAAUACAACAUAACUGUCACCUGUUCUGAUGAGGGAGUGCCCUCCCUCUCCAGCAGCGUCACUCUCAGCUUACAGAUCUCUGAUGUGAAUGAUAACUCGCCUGUCUUUGAGAGGAGCUCAUAUGAGGCUUACAUUGUAGAAAACAACACACCAGGCCUCUCUAUAUUCACAGUGAAAGCCAGAGAUGCUGACUGGAACCAGAAUGCCCGUGUUUCUUACAUACUGGAGGACUCCUCUGUUAACGGAGUGCCAGUCUCCUCAUAUGUGUCCGUUAGUGCUGAUAGUGGAGUCAUCCAUGCAGUGCGCUCUUUUGACUACGAGCAGAUCAAAGACUUCCACUUCCGCGUCAAAGCGCAGGAUGGAGGCUCUCCUCCACUCAGUAGCAAUCUGACUGUGAAAAUACUGAUCCAGGACCAGAACGACAACCCUCCUCAGGUUCUGUACCCAGUCCAGACUGGUGGCUCGCUGGUGGCUGAAAUGGUUCCUCGUUCAGCAGAUGUGGGCUAUCUGGUCACUAAAGUGGUGGCUGUUGAUGUGGACUCUGGACAGAAUGCCUGGCUCUCCUAUAAACUGCAAAAAGCCACAGACAGGGCGCUGUUUGAAGUGGGCUUACAGAAUGGAGAAAUAAGAACUAUCCGCCAAGUCACUGAUAAAGACGCUGUGAAACAAAGACUGACUGUUAUAGUGGAGGACAACGGGCAGCCCUCUCGUUCAGCUACAGUCAUUGUUAACGUGGCGGUGGCGGACAGCUUCCCUGAAGUGCUGUCUGAGUUCACUGACUUUACACACGACAAGGAGUACAACGACAACCUGACUUUUUACUUAGUGUUGGCUUUGGCUGUAGUUUCCUUCCUCUUCAUCACGUGUUUAGUGGUUAUUAUAUCAGUGAAAAUCUAUAGAUGGAGACAGUCUCGCAUCCUGUAUCACUCUAAUCUCCCUGUGAUUCCAUAUUAUCCACCACGUUACUCAGACACUUUGGGGACAGGGACUCUCCAACACGUGUACAAUUACGAGGUGUGCAGGACGACUGACUCCAGAAAGAGUGACUGUAAGUUCGGCAGAGCUGGUAGUCAGAACGUGCUGAUAAUGGACCCCAGUUCUACAGGGACGAUGCAGCGGAUACAGAGUGAAAAGAACAUCCUGGAUGAACCAGACUCUCCUCUAGAGCAAAAGCCCCCCAACAAUGACUGGCGCUUCACACAGGGACCGAGACCCGGACCUAGUGGCCCCCACAUGCCAUACGGUACACACAUACGAUGGACGCCGAAGAGUGGGACAAGGGCAACUGGAGGACCUGAGGUUGCCAUGGGAACUGGCCCCUGGCCCCAGCCACCAACUGAGGCUGAGCAGCUCCAAGCCCUGAUGGCUGCAGCCAACGAAGUGAGCGAGGCUACGGCCACCCUGGGACCUGGCACCAUGGGCCUGAGCACCCGCUACAGCCCCCAGUUCACCCUGCAGCACGUGCCCGACUAUCGCCAGAACGUCUACAUCCCCGGUAGCACGGCCACCCUCACCUCGAACCCCCAGCAGCAGCAGGCCACGGCCCAGCAGGCCGCCCAGCAGGCACUGCCCCCGCCCCAGGCCUCAGCCCAGCCCGAGCCCCCGAAGGCUGCCCAGACCCCUGCCUCCAAGAAGAAGUCCACCAAGAAGGAGAAGAAGUAGAGUUGGAUGGAGAGAGGUAGAGGAUUACUAAACCUGGCCUGAUCUGAUGAGAAAUUCCACCCCCCAUACCCCCCCCAUUAGGUAUCUUACUGCUCUGCUGUCACUCAUGUUAGCCACGGUCUAAAUAAUGACAGCAAAUCACUUUUGACCACGUGGACGUUGAAUGGAUGUUGAUGGUUAUUUGAAAGUGUCUUGAAUGUGCUGAAGGCUUUUGUUGGUGUUGAUAACCCGUGCUGUGCUAAAGGUCUAGUAUUGCUCACAUAAUCUUUGUCGUGAGAUCAUUUUGGCAGGGUAUGGGGGGUAAUUGUGAUGUUUAUUUUUAAUUUUUUUGGCAAAAUCAAGAAAACUUAGACAAAGAUUCAGUUUAAGAAAACUUGCUUGGAUGACAAGGCUAUACACAGUGAUGUAUUCAGAGAUGAAAUGUUAAUGUCUUUCAUGUUGGAUUUAUUGUGCUCUUUCCCUGAGGUGGAAAGUCAGCUAUUGUAAAGUACGCUAGUUGCCAUCCAUUAGAUUCCUAUAUAGGGUCAGCCUUGCAGGGUCUUAAACCAUAAGUCUUGUGGAUAUAAGGCUGUUGUUUGACAGGUAUUUAAAAAAUCUUCUGCAUGCUCUUUAAGGUUCAAACUACAUAUACUAGGUUAGAGUUACAAAACUAUGCAUUGCAAAAGCAAAUAGGACAUCCUAAAUCUGUUAUCCUCACUCCAAUCGCAGGUCAAUAUAAUGCACAUGUAGCAUUUUUGACACAAAAUGAGAAUUACUUUUGUAAUCAUAGUUUUAAAAAAAUGAGAUUUUAUUGUCCUGAUAUUUUUAUGACCUGAGCAUGCACCCAGAGGAAGGGCUGGCAGAGGGUGUUUUCAUGUAGUUACAAGCCAUGCAGGUGGCACAGCAGCAGGGACUGGCUUCUUGUAUAACACCUCCAGAUGGGCACAAACAUGUCCUGCUGCCCAGCACCCUCUACCCUCCCCUCCUCACACCCAUCUCAUGUCCUCCCCUCACUCACUACCCUAAGUUGAGAGCCAAACAAGGAGAAAUGCACUGUUCGUAUUGAUGAAGAUAAGAUGAUGUAGGGGUAGUAAUCACUUUAAAACGCAUAGAUGUGGUAAACUUACAUGCUUAGGAGUCUCUAGACACUUUCCAGGCCUCUAGGGCCUCGGCAGAGUAUUACCCCUCACUAUCCUGAAGCGUUGAAGAAACUUCUUGAUGUGAAACAGUAACAUGUUUGUUUUUUAUCUUUGGGAGAUAAUGAUUCGAUAGCAUAGAGGAAUUGUUUGUAAACAUAUGAAGUCUUUACUUUGCCAUCCAUCUGUCUGUCAGGCCUCUGGCCAGAAACAACUGCAUGAGAAAAGGCAGCUUGCAGGCUGGGUCAGGGGGUGGAGGGGGUGUGGUGAGGGGUACACAGACUGAGGUGGCAUCAUGACAUCGACCAGGGGGUGGUUAACAACCUUGGCUCUAUCCACUGAAUGUACAGAGUAACGACUGUUGACCUGUCCACCCCUUAAACUUUCUCAUUGCACUGACCCAGGUAGAGGUCAACAGAGCCCACAACAGCUAUCCCUGUUGGUGAGGAGAUACCACUCGAGAGCCCUUUUUAAAUAUCCCUCCUCCAUUGAAAUCAAUGGGAAACCUUAGCCCCUCUACCACUCACCGCUCCCCUCCUCUCCCUGAUCCCUUUGAGCUUUUUCCCUCUGUAAAUAAACACAAGUCCUGUCGAUGGUAUGAGCCAGUUGUUUGUAUAGUAGGGACCACGUCCAACAUUUUCAAAAUAAAAGUCCCUCUCCACAAGGCGUGGCUUACUACUGGAAUGUGUUGCAUUUUGUUUUUCCAAAAAAAAAAGAAAACCACAGUAAAAAAAAAAAAAGAAAUCAAUAAUGAAUAAAAUCUGAGAUGAACAGUUUGUGUUGCAAUGUAUUAACUAAGCACCAUGGAAGCCAACUAACUCUUCAGUGUAAAUAAAUUAAAGACAACUUUAGAUAAG